AUGGGUAUGUUGAUUAACACGCUACCUUUACGGCUAGAUAUUGAUGAUACUACAGUUGAAAAUUCUGUACGAAACGCUCAUUCGCGUUUGAGUGCUUUGCUAUCUCACGAAUAUGCAUCACUGGUAUUGGCGCAACGCUGCAGUGGAGUGCCAUCUUCAUUACCUCUUUUCAAUGCUUUGCUAAACUAUCGUCAUAAAUCGCAGACCGAGCAAGCCAUCGAACCACCCGCUGGAGUGAAUAUUCUCAGUAGUGAGGGGCGAACAAAUUACCCAAUAAACCUGGCAGUGGACGAUGACGACAACACACUGAGUCUCACAGCUCAUGUGGUAUCGCCGCUGUCAGCAGCGAGGAUUUGUGGUUAUAUGCAACAAGCUCUCGUAUCACUUGUCGAUGCAUUAACACAUACACCACAACAACAUGUACGAACAUUGUCGAUCAUUCCAGCGGAAGAACGAGAGAUGCUAUUGCAAAAUUGGAAUCGAACGACUGUCAAUUAUCCACCUGUUUGUUGUGUCCAUCAAUUAUUUGAGGCACAGGUGGAGCGUAGUGGACAAGCUAUAGCGGUGGAAUUUGAAGGAGAAACGUUGAGUUAUGCAGAACUCAAUACACAAGCUAACCGAUUGGCUCAUCAUUUGAUCAUGCGGGGAGUUAAGCCAGAUGAUCUCAUCGCACUUUGUGUUAAACGCAGCACAAAAAUGAUUGUAGCUAUAUUAGGUAUUUUGAAAGCCGGUGCCGCUUAUGUACCACUUGACCUGAUCUACUCCAGUCAGCGGUUACAAAACAUUUUGGUGGAUGCGGAUCCAUUGUAUUUGUUGGCAGAUGCCACUGGUCAAGAGGCACUUGGAGUUCAUGAUGUACCAGUGAUUAAUUUGGAUCAGCCGUUAUCAGACGAUCUAUCAACCCAAAAUUCAGACCCGUGCAAAUUGGGACUCAAUCCAAAGCAUUUGGCUUACGUGAUAUAUACAUCCGGUUCUACUGGAACACCGAAAGGUGUGAUGGUUGAACAUCAGUCCUUAUUCAACUUGGCACAUACACAAACUUCAAUUUUCGGGAUAACUCCCAAGAGUCGUAUUUUGCAAUUUGCAUCCUGCUCUUUUGACGUUAGCAUGGAUGAAAUCAUGAGAGCACUAACAAAUGGAGCAUGUCUUUGCAUACCUAACGAAGAAAUACGUCACAAUGACACUGCUUUGCUUGAUUUUCUAAGCACAGGGAAAAUUACGCAUGCAACUUUACCGCCCGCUCUGUUUCGUAAUUUUAAAACGUUGACCAAUUUAAAGGGCAUACAGACCUUGGAAUUAGUAGGCGAAACGCCUUCGUUAUCAUUACUCCAAACUGCUGCUAAUGUAACUAAGGUUUUCAAUGGCUAUGGUCCAACCGAAACAACCAACUGUGCGACCAACUGGAUAUGCCCCAUAAAUUUUGACAGUGCCUCUAUACCCAUUGGUCGUCCGAUAUCGAACGUACGAAUAUAUCUGUUGGAUUCACGUGGUGAACCGGUUCCAUUGGGAGCCGAAGGAGAACUGUAUAUUGGCGGUGCUGGUGUGACCAGAGGAUAUCUAAAACGACCCGAACUUACUGCGGAACGCUUUUUGUGCGAUCCAUUCAGUGAAAAUCCAACAGCACGCAUGUAUCGCACUGGUGAUCUGGCACGCUAUCUGCCUGAUGGAAAUCUGGUAUAUCUGGGACGCACUGAUCAACAG